GUGAUGGAAGCCAAAGAGCCAACAACGAUGAUGACCACACUGCUAGCAAUAGACCACACUGACGUCUCUUACAGAGCAUGCUCACUCUGCGGGAGGGCUCUCCCUCCCUGACAAUCCGUUCCCUUUGCAGAUACUGCAAGCCCCUCUUCCUUCAACCCCCGCUUCCCUCGCACCAACCGCCUCUUCCGCAUUCUUAUGUCUGUUGCUUCGGAUUCCAAGGUGUUCACUGUCAUAUGGUUUGAUAAGGUGGCCAAGGUCCUCUUUGGUUGCUCUGCUGAUGAGAUUUUCGACUUCGCCAAAUUUCAUCCUUCGCUGAAACUGAAUCCAAGCUUGUCAUUUGACGUGUCGAUAAUUUGUGCAAAAACAGUUUUGAAUCAGAAUUGGUUCUCAUCUGCCAAUGCUAGUAGAAUUCUGGAGGGGGAGAUGUUUAAGAUGACAAUAUGCAAACCAAAGAACGGUAUUGCACAAAAUCUUCGGGCAAAUCACGUUGCACCAUUGAGGACUGGUUUUCAGCCGGCAAUUGUGACCUUAAGGGAAUCGUAUACAGUAAGAAGCUCUUGA